GCUGCUGGGAAUCAGUAUCUUCUGAAUUGACCCCCUCGACCGAGAAGCUGAAGCUGUGUCUGCUAAAACCCCAUUUCUUUUUCCCAAGCAUGUCAGAAAGCUGGCAGCAGCAGCAACAACAGCAGCAGCAACCACAACCACAACAGCAACAACAUCACGCCGGGACAGCAGCUCUCACAGAGCACUCGAUCCCUUCGAGCACAGCUGAGAACCCUUUGGGUUGUGCUGUCUACGGCAUCCUGCUCCAACCAGACCCCAAUCCGCAGCAUCACCAGCCCCCCCCGAUCCAGGCUGGAGAGCCGUCCCACAAAUGCGGCGUGUGCGGCCACGACCUUACUCACCUGUCCAACCCACAUGAGCACCAGUGUCUGCCAGGGCACGACCGCUCCUUCCAGUGCACUCAGUGUCUGAAGAUCUUCCACCAGGCUACUGACCUGCUUGAGCACCAGUGCAUCCAGGUAGAACAGAAGCCCUUCGUGUGUGGGGUCUGCAAGAUGGGCUUCUCCCUGCUGACCUCCCUAGCCCAGCACCACAACGUCCACAACGGCAGCGCCAUGAAGUGCUCCAUCUGCGAGAAGACCUACAAGCCGCCCGAGGCGGAGCACUCCCAGGCCCUCGACUCGUUGGAGAAGCCCUACAGCUGCUCCAUUUGCCAGAAGACCUUCAAGCACCUGUCGGAGCUCUCGCGGCACGAGCGCAUCCACACCGGCGAGAAACCUUACAAGUGCACCCUGUGCGACAAGAGCUUCAGUCAGUCAUCGCACCUGGUGCACCACAAGCGGACGCACAGCUCGGAGCGGCCGUACAAGUGCACGGUGUGCGAGAAGACCUUCAAGCACCGCUCGCACCUGGUGCGCCACAUGUACGCCCACUCGGGCGAGCACCUCUUCAAGUGCAGUGUCUGCGAGCUGCACUUCAAGGAGUCGUCGGAGCUGCUGCACCACCAGUGCACGCCCAGUGGGGAGCGCCCCUUCCGCUGCGGCGAGUGCCACAAGUCCUUCAAGCGCCCCUCGGACCUGCGGCAGCACGAGCGCACGCACAGCGAGGAGCGCCCCUUCAAGUGCGACCUGUGCCAGAUGAGCUUCAAGCAGCAGUAUGCGCUCAUGCGCCACCGCCGCACCCACAAGGUGGAGGAGCCCUUCAAGUGCAACCUGUGCGAGAAGGGCUUCGUGCAGCCCUCGCACCUGGUCUAUCACCAGCACGUGCACGGCAUAGAGAACCUGUUCAAGUGCAACGUGUGUCAGAAGGGCUUCAACCAGUCCUCGGAGCUGCUGCGGCACAAGUGCGUGCAGAACGCCGAGCGGCCCUUCAAGUGCACCGUGUGCAACAAAUCCUACAAGAGGUCCUCGGCCCUGCAGAAGCACCAGCUGUCGCACUGCGCUGAGAAGCCGCUCAAGUGCACGCUGUGCGAGAGACGCUUCUUCUCCUCCUCAGAGUUCGUGCAGCACCGCUGCGACCCGGUGCGCGAGAAACCCCUCAAGUGCCCUGACUGCGAGAAGCGGUUCAAAUACGCCUCCGACCUGCAGCGGCACCGGCGCGUGCACACGGGCGAGAAGCCUUACAAGUGCCCGUCGUGCGAGAAGGCCUUCAAGCAGCGUGAGCACCUCAACAAGCACCACAGCGUGCAUGCCCGGGAGCAGCAGUACAAGUGCAUGUGGUGUGGGGAGAGAUUCCUGGACUUGGGCUUGCUGCAGGAACACAGCGUCCAGCACACUGCCGAGGGGGCGUACCAGGUGGCGGCCUGCUUGCCGUGAGCCUCCUCGGCAGGCUUCAGCGUGCAUGCAGACCUCUCAACCGCCCUCUUCCCUUCACUGAUCGUACAGGACCGAUACCCGUACCUAGGUGGGGCAGCGGGAGAUGGGCUGCUGGCCUGGUUGACAGUGCUCUGGCCUCUUUGUUCUGUUCCACCUGUAUUAGUGUCUUACUGAUCUGACGGACAAUAUGUGAAGAGUCCAGGGGGGUGGAGGAGAAGGGAAGGAAAUAGUGAAAGCAAAUCAAAUACCUGCUUGUCCUUUUCUGGAUUGUAGUUCACACUGCACCUGCAGUUCAAAGAGAUGUGAGUUUGCAGGUCUCUGCUCAGCUGCCCCCAGGGACUGUAGCCCUUUACACACACCCCCUAGUAACGAGGUUCCCUGAGAGAGCCGGCUGACUGUCCCUGGCCUUCAGAGAGGCUCAGGAACAAUCCAGACCCAGGCACGACUCUCUCCCCAGGCAUAGCUGCAUUUUCUGCAGUGAAACAGCAGGCUUCCAGUUUGGGAGCCUUCCUGCUUGUUAGUCCAAAUACAGUUACGUUGCUUGAAGGCAGUUUCGAGUCAGUAGCACUGGUUGACCAAAUGGUCCUUGGAGCUCCCCAGACCUACUUCUCACUAGAGUGAGCAGAAGGGAACAGCAUCAGGACUGCUGUGCUCCAGAUGUACUGAGUCCGUUGCUAGCUGUAGAAGUCUGCAAAGGUUCCUUUCCCUCUCACCUGACCCCCAGGAGCUCUGGUGCAGUCGAAGGGUUACAAGGGUGCUGCACGGUAUCUGGAGCCAACACAAGCCCUUCUCUCGUCGUGCUACUCAGUGAUGCACUUGGACGGGGCAUACGAUCCCAGCCUCAGGGGCCUCCGUGCUGAAAUAGAGAGAGGUCUCUGAGUGGGAUCAGCAGUAAAACACUAAGGGGUGGGGGAAACACUACUAUUAAAAUACAACUUGAAAAAAAAAAAUCAGCAAAAGAGAAGUUUGUUUAAAAAUGAGUUUGAGGAUUUGGGAUCCUAAUUGAGAGGUAGGAGCCUGUAACCCACGUUCAAAUUCUGUGGCAUUAAAUUGUGAUCGUAUGGGGCAUGACCUCUUUAUUCUGAUCAGACAGUGAGUAGGGGAGAAUUAAUUCUCCCCAAGAAGCCAAUUACACAGGAAAGGGCAGGUUAGCAGAGGGUCAGGGAUGAAUGUUUUCCUUCCUGGGAGUCCCUGUGGACCCCACUUGUUGGUCCCUUAUCCCACCUGUAUCCUUCAUGGGAAUUGCAUCUUUAUAUUGCAACUAGGAACCAUUUUAAAAAAAAAAUCACCAUCAUCUGUUUUCCCAUUUGACAGGGCUGAUCCAGCCCCCAGAGCUGUCGUCUACAGAAUAUUGUUAGCGUCUCACGACCAAGGGUUCUUCAGCUAACGUUUGGCACUUCCUAGGCCAGAGGAGUGCCUGCUGCAUUACCCAAAAUCCUUUCCUUGCCACCAGCUUGGCUGGCUAGUGUUUGAAUUGGUGGUACACUGGUUGUAACUAGUGAGCAGUGGUGGUCAAACUACCUGUAUGCUGCCCAACUGGAUAGGGUCACAAAAGCAGUUCCAUUGUGGGUGACAGACACCCACAUUAACUCUGUAAAAGGUUAAGUCACGCUUGUUUUCUCUCAAAGGAUCCCCUACUCCAUGUCCACUUCCAGCACCAUAAAGAGGACCAGAGCUUAUUUCCACAGGUGGCUGGAAAAGUUGAAUGAACAGGUCCCAGCAGGGCCAAGUUUUCCUCAUGAGCAGCUUUAAGGCAUUUAAAUGAACCUCUGGCACCUGAGGAGGAGUGACUCAGUCAGUGCUCUUCGUAUUUCACGCUGCCUCAAAGAUGUAGAACCGACUUCUACCAAGUUUUCUGUCUGCGUUUAUUUUCCAUUUUGCUUUUUUUUAAAAAGCAGUUUGUUAAUAUUCAUUAAAAGAAAUCCUGUAUAGUUUAAUUUGAUGUCAUUUUGGAUCUUUAAAAAGAGAGAUUCAGUUCUAGGUAGCUGGUUUUUGAUGUUAAUAUAUAGAGUUCAGUGUAUUCUUAACUAUAGGAGUAAAACUGAAACAAAAACAAGAAAAGCUAAUCUUGUUCAGGUUGUCUUUAUAAGUGGGUAAGGUUGGGGGAGUCGGAGCGGUGGCGUUGGAGGGGACAUCGCUUUGGAAAUUGAAAUUCAGGAUAUGAGGGGAGAACUAAGGAACCAAAUUGUUCAACAUGCAAGACAUUUGGCUAUAGAGACUCAUUUUGUUCCAGCUGCAGAGCAUUUUACGUUUUGCACUAAUGCCUUCGGGACAUCCAUUGGGAACCACCAGCGCUGGUGAAUUGGCUCAUAAGAUGAUAAACACAUUUCAAAUUAAAAAAUCAAGACUGGC